AUGUCACAAAAUUUAGAUCUCACAAUCGUCGCAGCGAAAGGCCUGAAGAAUGUCACCUGGAAAAAUGGUGAACUCCAGCCAUUCGCCGUCUUUGGUUUCAACACUAGUAAUUAUGGCCGUAAAACAACCACAACCGACACCAUCAACAACACAAAACCUAUCUGGAACCAACGUUUCUGUCUUCCUAUACCUAACCAACCUUCUCAUGAAACCAUCUUUUGGCUUGACAUCAAGCAUGAGGAUGUUUUAGUUGCUGGUUUGAGGGUGCCGAUCUUUGGUGUAGGUCUUCUUAACCCACAGGUUCCGGGGGUUGCAAUCACCAGAAGUUUUGAUGUUUUCCGGCCGUCUGGGCGUCCCUCUGGCAAGAUAAAGUUGAAGCUUGCUCUAAUUGAUGCUGAAAUAGGCAUGGAGGCAGCAUCAUUGAUCGAGGAGUCUAUUCUUCCCCCACCGCCGGACUACGGCUGGAAAAUCUAUUCUGAUUCUGCUAGCAAAGGAGACGGAGGAGGACCUAGGACUACUCCCACUGGCUGUCAGGUCUGUUAUGAUGAUGAUGCUUCAGAGAAUGUGCCUAACGAAGACCUUGAUGAGUAUAUCUGUUAUCGUCCCCGUGGGGGUUAUUAA